AUGGCAAAAGCUAAAGGUAUUGUUAGUUUUGAUCGUUUUGUUGAUGUUGGUGAAGAACCACGCAAGCUCUUUCAAUCUAUCGAAGGUUAUCAAUCUCUCAAACUAGUUUCACUUGAAGAAGCUAUCGAGCCUAUCGUUGACUUUUGUCCGGAUGCACGUCGACGCGUUUACAUCGCCAAAGAAAAUUGCGAAUCGCUUAAAGAUAGUUUAACGCAAGAUGAAUCCAUAUUCGUCUAG